AUUCCUUAUCCGCAGAAAUCUAGCACAUCCACAACGGUCGAGCUUUGCCACCAACUGCAGCAAUGUCUUCGGCCACCUCCCCUCCGCCGGCGUCACCGAACUCGGAGGCGCCUCCGCGCGUCGUCCACCCGCCACCUAGGCGGUCACCGAGGUCGCCUGGACCGCCGCCGUGGGCCAAGCGGCGGCCCUCCGUCUCCGUCGACUACGACCGCGGCCGCCGCACAGUCCGGGUCGAGGUGGACGGCGUAGGUGCCGACGCGCUCCCCGCGCGGCACCGCCUCCGCGUGGCGGGGAGCCGGUGGCAGCGGGACUGCAAGGUGUCCCAGGUCGCCGCGUGCGUGCUCGCGCUCCCGCGGGCCGACACCCAUGCCGUCGACACCGUGCUCAACUGCUGGGCCGGGCGCUUCGCCCGCCGUAACUUCCCUCUCCUUAUUCGUGAAAUGGCCUUUUCUGGGUCCUUGCAACAUGCUGUAUAUGUGUUCUGCUGGAUGAAAAACCAGGAGAACUACUGUGCCCGUAAUGACAUUUAUGGUAUGAUGAUACGAUUACAUGCCAGACACAACCAGGUUGAUCAAGCACGUGGCCUGUUCUUUGAGAUGCAAGAAUGGCGGUGCAAGCCAGAUGCUGAUAUAUACAACUCUUUGAUCAAUGCUCAUGCUCGGGCUGGUCUAUGGCGCUGGGCCAUCAACAUUAUGGAUGAUAUGCUUCGUGCUGCUAUACCUCCUAGCCGAGCUACAUAUAAUAAUGUCAUAAAUGCAUGUGGUGCUGCUGGUAACUGGAAAAAGGCUUUAGAACUUUGUAAGAAGAUGAUAAGAAAUGGUGUAGGGCCAGACUUGGUUACACACAAUAUUGUAUUAUCUGCUUUCAAGAAUGGCUCUCAGUAUUCGGAAGCCAUAGGUUACUUUGAAAUGAUGAAAGGAGCAAAUAUUGCCCCUGAUACUUUCACUUUGAAUAUUGUCAUCCAUUGCCUUGUAAAAGUCGGACAGCACGGAGAUGCUGUCGAUUUGUUAAACUCGAUGAGGGAGAAAAGAGCACAGUGUCCUCCAGAUGUUGUUACGUACACUAGCAUAAUGCAUUCUUAUUAUGUUUGUGGGCAAGUGAAAAAUUGCAAGGCAGUCUUUGAUAUGAUGGUUGCUGAAGGAGUUAAACCUAAUAUUGUAUCAUAUAAUGCACUUUUGGGUGCUUAUGCCUCACAUGGGAUGCACACUGAGGCCUUGGGAAUUUUCAAGUUACUGAAACAAAAUGGUCUGCGACCUGAUGUAGUUUCCUAUACCACUUUACUGAAUGCCUAUGGUAGGUCAGCACAGCCUGAAAAAGCUAGGGAGGUUUUUAACGAGAUGAGGAAGAACUCAUGCAAGCCAAACAAAGUCAGUUAUAAUGCACUAAUUGAUGCUUAUGGAUCUGCUGGAAUGUUCAAGGAGGCUAUUAGCUUACUGCAUGAAAUGGAGAAGGAUGGCAUUCCACCAGACGUUGUUUCAAUAAGUACUCUGUUGACUGCCUGUGGCCGCUGCAGGCAAACAACAAAAAUUGACACAGUUCUUGAAGCAGCAAAAUUUCGAGGGAUUGAACUUAAUAUAGUUGCGUACAACUCGGGCAUCGGAAGCUAUUUAAGUUUUGGAGAUUAUGAGAAAGCUUUGGAGUUCUACGCCACAAUGAUGGCGAGCAAUGUGAAUCCAGAUGCUGUAACUUACAAUAUACUCAUCAGUGGAUUGUGUAAAUUGGGAAAAUAUGCAGAAUCUCUGAAAUUUUUUGAAGACAUGGUGGACUUGCGAAUUCCUUUAACCAAGGAGGUUUACUCGUCCUUGAUUUGUUCAUAUGUCAAACAGGACAAACUAGCUGAAGCGGAAUCUACUUUUAGUUAUAUGAAAGCAUCUGGCUGCUUCCCUGAUGUUCUGACAUAUACUGCUAUGAUUCAAGCCUAUACUGAUCAUGGGAGUUGGACGAGUGUGUGGGACCUAUUCAAAGAGAUGGAAGGAAAUGCCAUACUGCCAGAUGCCAUUAUAUGCUCAUCCCUCAUGGAAGCAUUGAAUAAAGGAAAUCAACAUGAAAGGGUCCUUCAGUUGAUGAGAUUCAUGCACGAUCAAUGCAUCCAAUUGAACCAGAAAGCUUAUUUUGCAAUAAUAGCUUCAUGCAGCAUGCUACGGGACUGGAAAACUGCAAGUGAAAUAAUUGAACAUUUGGAUUCCUCUCUCCCAUCCAUUUCUGUUGGGAAGCUAAACCAUCUUCUGAAUUUUCUUGGAAAAUGUGGGAAGACAGAGAGUAUGAUGAAGCUGUUUUACAAGAUGGUGAGUUCAUGCUCUACUGUAGGCCUUUCUACUUAUAAGGUUCUGCUGAGAAAUCUCUUAGCAGUUGGAAAAUGGAGAAAGUAUGUCGAGGUUUUGCAGUGGAUGGAGGAUGCUGGAGUCUGUCCAACACUAUAUAUGUAUCAAAAUGUUCUUCCAUAUAUUUGGAGGGACAAUAGCAUGGAUUAUGUCACUCUUAUGCAGGAAAAAAUAAAUGCCUUGAGAGAGAAGAUAACAUGAGCUUUAAACGUGUAUAUGCACGUCUUUGGUGUGAAACAAUUCAAUCGCUAAAUAUGGUGGAUAACACACUGCUGAGUUUGUUCUCUAAAGUUGUGGAGCAAUGGAUACUUCCCCCAGAAAGAUUGACAAGAUCAAGGUAAGAUCUAAAUAUAGCCCAGUGGGGUGCUUGAAGAAGGAUACAAUGGCUAUAUCAAAGGUUUUAUAAUUCAAAUGCUCAAUGCUGCAUCGUAGAACUGUAGACGCCGGGAAAAAUAUGUUUUUAAAUAGAAGUACCAUCCGUUUUCCCUACAAAGACAGUAUAGAUUAUAGAGGAUUAUGUUUUUAAGAGUCAGUUCCAUUUUUUACCCCCCAGUUACACAUUUGUGACAUGUUUUACCCCAUUUAAGAGAAAUUCCCCCAUUUAAACCCAUUUAACUGAAAUACUACUGGUUUUUACCCUUUUUAA